CGUGGUUUUAUUGUUUGCCAAUAUCAAACGGUGUCGGUUCCAUUGUCUCCUAACACAAACUUAUCGUCCCACUUGUCUGUUUCACUCUCUUCAUCAUUCUCAGGUUCUCCCACAUUUUCAUUUUCCCAGCAAAGCAAUGCAGAUGCAAGUCAUAGCCACUCUGACCACUUUUUCUUCCUCAUUUCAGCAGCAGACCCACUUCAACAAUCUGCUCCCUAAAUCCCUUUUUCCCUCGCAGCCCACAAAAGCCCUUCAAAAAUUGUUGUUUUAUCCCCAAAAAACACCCCGAAAAACGAGCGCCAGAAACCUCACAAAAACAGCCACCACUCAUGCUUCUUUGCUUGAAGCUCCAGUCUUGUGGGCCGGUAGACUUUGUGUCUACUAUGCUCUUUUGAAGACUGGCUUAGCUGGAUCUCAAGCUAACCCUUUUGUCGCUGGGUUAGAAGGUGGUGGUGUUAAUGUCAGUGAGUCUGGUGAUUUGGGGUUUUCUAAGUGGUUAGAGAACAUACAAGGCAAACCAGACAAGGAAGCAGCUGACAAAAGGAAAUUGGUGAGUAAAUGGCAUCCAACAACAAAGGGUACUUUAAGAAGGAACUACAGGGUGCCUUCCAAAUCUGAGGGACGCCGCCUUCUCAAAGCUAUUGCAGCCUUACUAUCCAGUGAUGACCAUUUCACAGAUGCCACUUCCCACAAAGGUUGUCAAAUUCGGAGGGAGAGUGCACAUGGAGAAAGUGUGUGCUGCCACAAUGUGAGGGCUCUUUUUGAUGAGCUCCCAACUCCUCACCUCAUUUUGGAGAUUACAGCAUUUCCAGCUGGACCUCUUACAGAAAAGGAUUACAAGAAGGCUGAACAACUAGAAAGGGUGCUCAGGUCUGGUCCUUCUAUUUGACUCAUCAGGAAAUCUAAUGAACUUUUGUAUGUAUCCAGUGUCACUUGUACAGAUUAGAAUCAGAGAUAAAAACUUAAUGUUAUUCUCUUGGUUUGACAA